CGGCGGUGGCCGUGGAUGGUCAGCGUGCAGGCCAACGGCACACACGUGUGCGCAGGCGCCCUCAUUGCUGCCCAGUGGGUGCUGACCGUGGCCCACUGCCUGACCCAGGAAGAUGUCACCUACUCCGUGCGGGUGGGGAGCCCCUGGCUCAACAAGAGGGCUCAGACUACGGCCGACGUCCGGGUGCACGAGGUCAUCCUGAACAGCCGGUUCCGGUCCCGUCGCUAUUGGUCCUGGGUGGGCAAGGCCAACAACAUCGCCCUGCUGCAGCUCGAGAGAACGCUCAACUACAGCAAGUACGUCUGGCCCAUCUGCCUGCCCGGCCUGGACUACAGGGUGAAGGACUUCUCCCUCUGCACCGUGACGGGCUGGGGGCUCCCCAGGGCGAACGGCACAUGGCCGCAGUUCCGGACCAUCCGGGAGAAGGAGGUCACGAUCCUGAACAGCAGGGAGUGUGAGGACUUCUACCACCGAUUCUCCAAAAUCCCCUCCCUGGUUCGGAUCAUCAACUCCCAGAUGAUCUGUGUGCAGGACACCGACAGGAAGCACUUCUGCUAUGAGACCAGUGGGGAGCCCCUGUCCUGCCCUGUGCAGGACACAUGGUUCCUGGUGGGGAUAGUGAGCUGGGGCCCCGGCUGCGGCCAGAACGAGGCCCCGCCCAUCUACCUGCGCAUCUCCACCUACCAGCACUGGAUCUGGAAGCGCAUCAACGGGCAGGCUCUGCCAACCCCGUCCAGGGCCCUGCUCCUGGCGCUGGCGCUGCCCCUCAGCCUCCUUGCUGCCUGCUGAUGCUCCCAGGCCCCCUCAUUGCCCUCGUCCAGGACACUGCAGGUCCA